UUGAGAGAGAGAGAGAGAGAGAAGAGGGAGACGGAGAGAAUAGAUCCAGAGCAAAACGACGCGACCCUCUACCGCUUCACGUCACGUAUAACAGAAUGACACGUGACAGAAGAACGAAGUCAAAAAACUUCUUACCUAAAAAUCGCCUCCUUCAUUUAAACGGACUUUAUAUUUAUUUUUGGGCCAAUAUUGGGUAAGAAUCGCCCAUAAGAAGUGUUCAAAUGUCUUGAUAAUGUUGCUCUUACAAGGUCAACUUCUGGUCUCUCUCUCUAUUCACUUCUAAACUUUACUUAUUAAUCAUUCAAUUAGAUAUUAAUCUACUUAUUUAGUAGAUUCUGAUUUCAAAUCUAAACCAAUAAAUAAUUCAACAAACGUAACUUCAAAUUUUCAAAAUAUUAAUUAUAAAAAAAUGAAAAACCUCGGUUUGAUGAUUACACACCUCACAUAGAAGCUUCUUUCUUAUUCUUCACUUAUAAAUCUUAGUUAAACUCAUCACUUAAACUCACGACUAGCAAUGGCGUCGAUCACCUGUUCCUCCGAUCAACGUCUCUCAACAAGCAAGAGACGUUUAAAGCCGUUGAUGUUAAGAGACUACUUACUCGAUGAUCUCAGCUCUUGUUCAUCCAACGGCUUCAAAUCAUUCCCACGUCGUCAACCUCCUCCUUCCUCUUCAUCUUCCACCGUUCGUCGUCUCCUUGACGCCGAGAUGAAACGGUCAGGAUUGAUCCAGAAGCCGCGUCUCACUAAAAGAAGCCGUACGACUUGCGGAACGGCAAUCAGUAACGCCGUCCAUAAAGCUUCUACGGCGUUUCUUAACGCCGUUAAACUUAUACCGUUCCAUGCAACGGCUACGUUAGGAAAGGGAGAUGAGAAACAACAAGGCGGUUUCUCUGGAAGCUUCUCUAAACGAUGCUUCUGGAGCAAACCGGUAAGGCAAUCUCGCCGUGAAGUUACCGUCAUUGACAUCGGAGAUGGAGAGAUCCAAUGGUGGCGAUCCGCCGCGUUUUUCCCGGACGAAGAGAGUUUAGGACAACCGUCCGAUCUGUUUUCUCAAAUCUCCACCGUCGCCGACGAAGCGACAUUCUCAGUCUCUGAAGCUUCGGCGAUCACCACCACCGUGAACAUUAUCACCGGUGGUGACUCGUCGAGUUCCGGUAGCGAGUUUUUCACGAACUCGUCGUCGUCGGAGAUUGUACAGUCAUCUUCUUCGUUGUUCUCUUCCACGUCAAACGAAAACGACGCCGUAGAAGACGGUGAUGAGAUCGGAGAGAGUUUAAACGCACGUGACUGUGACGGAUCAUCUGUUAACUGCGACAGCCUGUGCAACAGAAAGGAAUUUGUGAAUGAAGAAAAAGAACAACUCAGUCCAGUAUCAAUCUUGGAAUGCCCUUUUGAAGAUGAUGAUGAAGAUGAUGAAAUAACUGGUCUUAUCUCCCACCAAAAUGAUACAUAUGAGAAAAAUGCAAGAAAAAGCAGGAGAGUAAAUGGUUUGGUACGGCUUGAGCCACUAGAAUUGGAGAAACGCAUAGAGAAGUAUGUCGAGCGAGAAGAAGAAGAGUAUUCAUAUCACGUGGUAGAAACCGAAGAAGACGAAUCAGAAAACCGAGCAAACCGCUUGUUUGCUCUUGUGAAGUCAAGAAUCGGCGAAACAAACAACAUACUAGCUUUUAAUGUAGCAGAUAAUCUAUUGUUAGAUUAUCUUCAAGAAGAUAACAUUGGGGCAAAAGAAGAGACAUUAAUGGUGAAGAAAGUAGAAGAUUGGGUAAUGGAUAGACAAGAAGAGAUGUUUAUGAGUUGGGAAGUGAGGGAGAAGAGAAAGGUUUAUGUGAAGGAAAUGAAAUGGGGUUGCAUUAAUGGAGAUGAGAAAGAGAAUGUGGUUGAAGAGUUGGCUAAUGGUUUCUUCACUUUCUUGGUGGAUGAAUUCAUCUUCGACUUAGUUUUGUGAUGAUGACUAAAGUUUUUUUUUGGGGGGGGGGGGGAAAUUAAGAUUUUAACUUUUUAAAAGAUUAGAUGUCAUAAUGUAUUAGAUAUAUGUUAUCUUGGAAUAAAAAAAUACUAGAUGAUAAUCUCUAGCGCGGAAUGAGUUUUUUUUUAAUGUAAUAUAAUUUAUUAUU